UUUUGUCGGCAUGUGACACGGAAAAAAAGAUUUGAUUGAGAAAACACAGAAAAAAAACUGAAAGUAUAAAAUGAUCAAUUGUUUCAGCUAAACGGAUUAGUUUGAAAAUAUUAUUCGCUUUGACGUGAUCAAAGAGCAAUGGCAAACAUUUGGAUUAGUUUUGUAAUUCUCAGCUUAUUCGGUGUGAUUCUACAGGUGAAAUGUAUCACCCAGACAUUUGGUGAAACAAGCGAUAAUCCACCCGUUCUCAAAGAGAAUAUUAACAUACAUGGCGAAAUACUUAUUGUGAAGAAAGCCAUCGUUGAAUGGCCAUCGAAAGAUAGUGUGCACCCAACAUCAAAUGGAACAAUUAUUCGCGGCAUAGUUCAUAUCGAUAAUAAGCAACCGGGACAUGGACCAUCGUUGCGAUUCAUCAAUGGUGGUUAUGGACACCCAUUUGUUAUAUUGGAACUAAUCUCGAAACGUGGUCAUGGAAUUCAAUCAACAAUUUUAAUUUACGUUUAAACUUCCGAGAUAUCCUAUCCCUAUCAUAAAUACUGCUGCUGAUUCAACUGCGAAGUAUGUAUCUUCGUAUUCAUUUCGGUGUGUGAGUCAUGGACGUGAUUAAAAUCAACACGAAAAUAUAACGCUCUGUUUUGAAUAUAGCGCGAUUAUAAAUAAUAAUAAAAAAAACAUUCUGAUAAACAGAAAAAAAAAUGCUGCUGCAACUGAAUGACGUACACGAUACACACUCAUUCCAUUGUACGGUAGUUUCAUUUUAAUCAUAAAUCGUUUCGGAUUCUUUCUAGUCUAUUCCGUAGUUCGAUGUUUUCUUUGUUUAAAUCAAUUCGUUUUUUUUUUAUCUAUCGUUUGAAUAACAAAACGUGCCCUUGCGAGAAAGGAAAAAAAAAGUGCAAACAAAUGAGCAAAAGAUGUCAUCUUUUCG